UAUCUUAUCCGAUUCACAGAGAGUCUCAUAUUUGGCAUGGAACUGAUGGAAGACACGACAUGGGAGCAGAGACUCCAAGCCCUAACCCACAUCAUAACCAGCCCCACACACGAACCAGGCCUCCACUCUCAACUCUUGAUAGCCACCCAGAUCCCCUGUUACCUGAACUGGGACUACCCUCCAUUCCUGUGCCUCUCCGAUCCCUCCCUCCUCAACAGAUGGGGCUUCUCACUGUUCCUCAGAAGGGUCUUCAGAACGGGUCCCCCUCAAACCUCUUGGAGGUGCAAGUGCCCUUUCCAGCAGCCACCACCACUGAUUCUGGCAGAGGGGGUGGAGGAAGCUCAAUGGGGCCAACAACAGAGAAGGCUAUACGCUAGGAAGAGGCUUUCUAGGAAACCGCUUGGCAGAGAUGUUAACCCACUCAUCCCCAUCCUCGUACCCAAUGUUCUCUUGUUGUCCCUUGUCUUUUGGAGUCCACUUCGCAAUCCAGAUUACAACGAUUGAAGAACAAGGUAGAAUUCGUUAACAUCCUCCUAGCGGCGAUUGUACGCUAACACGAUUAACAUGUUACUGCUUAUUGGACUAUCAUGA